CCCUGCCACCCAGAGAUUGCAAUUUUUCUCAUUCCGACAAUAGGAAAUAACAUUUUAUUUCAUACCUGAUCGCAAAGCUCUUACUCAAUUUACGCUAAUUACCUUAACACACGACACUCGUAAUCUCUAUUUAUAGCAGUGAAAUAACGUUAUGCCUGUGGCUAGUUUCUCGUCACCUACGUCAUGUAUUCUCGCUCUUUGUUAUUUUGACACACAUUUUUCAUCCUCUCUCUCUGUAUAUUUCCAAACAAUUAUUAUUAUAUGUGGUAUACAUAAGACUACUUCUUAUUUCAAUAUUUAUCGUUGCAAGUUUGAUUGUAAUUUGCAACUUUAACAUAAAUUAUGUGUAGAAUUGUAACAUGGAGAAAUAAUGCAACAACAGUCUACAAUAAAUGAUUAGCCACUGAUUGCAGAUAAAUGUAGAGUAAACUUAUUUUAUCUAGAGUGCGAGGUCUGGUCACAACAGCCUUUGCAACACAUAUCAACGACUAUUAUAUACAAUAUUACUAGCAAAGACUACCGUUCGAUGAGAGAAAUAUCGUGACUCCUAUUACGACCUAUUGCGUGCGGUCUGCUCAGUAAUACAUCGGUAAACCGGAGAAAGAACUUGUGUAUAAUGAAUAAGAGCGCAACAGUUGGCGAUCAACUGUCUGUUGCACAUCGAUCGUGUCGUCUAGCGAUAAACGAGACAAAAAUAUACGUACAUGAAUUACGAUGCAAACGGAGAAAAGUGAUGCCGAGAAAAAUAAGGCUGUCAACGACGUGACGACUUCGAUUGCGAACGAGGUGACAAAUUUGAAGAUGGAAGACGGUUCGACGAGUCCAACACCAAGUAGUCCUGGUAGCGCUGAACCGGGUAGCUUUUUAGCGAGCUUCAAAGCCUUCUCCAAAUUCGGCGAUCCAAAGAGCGAUGGCAAGCUGAUUACGUUAAGUCAAAGUGACAAAUGGAUGAAGCAAGCCAAGGUAAUCGAUGGAAAGAAAAUCACUACCACGGAUACCGGAAUUUACUUCAAGAAGCACAAAUCCACAAAGCUUGGUAUUGAACAAUACAAAACAUUUCUGGAGGAAUUGACUAAAAGUAAAAAAGUGGAAUUGGCGGAAAUGAAAAAGAAGAUGGCUAAUUGUGGACCUCCUGGGUUUACCGGGGGUGCUGCUGGAGCUGGAAAGGCAGCGUCGACAGUUGACAGGCUUACCGAUGUCAGCAAAUAUACCGGUUCUCACAAACAACGUUUCGAUACUGAAACAGGAAAAGGUAAAGGUAUAGCAGGUCGCAAGGAUACGGCGGAUACGUCAGGAUAUGUCCAAGGUUAUCAAAAUAAAGAUACAUAUAAGGGGCAGUAGUAUCUGAACGCCUCGAUAAUAAGUAUCUUUAAGGCCAUGCUGUUAAGAUCGUUGGCGUGAUACGCGCAGUAUGCACAUUGAAAUCAUCGCUGCUCGUUGUUAGCGGCCUCAAUUUCCUUACCGUAUCGUCACAGCGAUCUGACAGAUAUUUCAAAUAUCAAUUUUACAAAAUUUAUCAUUUAUGAGAUGCAUUAAGGUAGCAAUAUCAUUAAGAAUCGUUGGUAAAAUAUUAACCGUACGUUUGCGGCAAUCCUUGUGAAACUUUUGCUCUUGAUGUUUACGUUGUAUUUCUCGCAUAAAAGUUUUCCGAUAAGAGGCCUGGAAAAAACAUUUUUCCGAAAAAUUUCUUUUUCAACUCCUUCUAUUUAUAUUCUCUAAUGUGAUUGUUGUUUUUAUCUCUAUUGUUCUUCAUUCAAUUCUUAAUUAUCACUAGAUGAUAUGAAUAACAUUACUUAUAGGUUUUUUAUAUUAUUAUUCACUUUGUUAACGAGGUCUUUUUUUUGGAGUAGUGGUUAUACAUAUAGUGUAACUUAAGUACACAGUCUGAACUUCAAAUCCACGUAGAUAUUAUAUGUAGCAUUGUGUUACAUAAUCUUUGUUGCAUAAUUGAUUAAAAACAAGUUUUCUGAAAUUUCUAUGAUUACACAAAAGAAAUAGGUAUUAUAAUUAUUUCAUUGCAAACGCAUACUCGCCAUUACAAUUGUGUAACGCAACGUGGCAGCAGAAUUAUCUUUUACUAUAAAUCCUGCGCAAAAACUCGAAUCAUUAAUUUUUGAGGUAGAACAACGCACAUAAAUUUUGUGUAUAAACAUAUAUCUCUUCAACUGAAGAACUAGUCAUGUUUAAUUAUCACAACUUUGUGUACUGAUUACCAGCUUAUUUGUGUAAAGAAUAUGUUUGUCCUUUAAAGAGAUAUAAUAAAUAUAAGUGCGGAAAUCACCUAUCACGCAAAA